AUGGGACCUCCAAACCGCCCUACUAAAGAAGUUCGCAAGCAAGGGGGACAUGCCGAACACCUACCUUUCCAACUAAGUCCAAGGCGAGGACCUUUAAUUGACGAUGCGUUCCGUCGUCAGCAAGCGGUGGCCGACAAGGCCCUUUUCCCUAAAUAUCUUGGGAAGCGAAGAGGACAGGUUCUUAAGACAGGACAGGAAAUCGGGUUUUCUGAAUAUCUCUCUUCUGGCCUAUUAAGAGAGCUGUUCACAAGCAGUGGUUAUGAGCUCUUUCUUGUUCCGGUUCAGAAGAGGGCAAGCAGCUUUCAUUUGACUAAUGGUAGGGCUUUAAAGAGUAGGCGGUUCGCCCGACUAGGAACACGUGGAUCCAGGGAACCUGGCUCGGGAACAGCUUCGUACUAG